CCUAUCACUUUUACUUGUUCAGUUUGAACUUUGCACGUCUCUUAAGAAAUUACAACUGGCAUGUGUAUUUGACUAAGAUAUCUAUAUAACAAUUGAUAAUCCAUCACUUCUCUCAAUAGCUACUAAUGGCCCUCACUAUUGUUGUGGAUCUAGGCAUUGUCUUGUUAAUGUUUAUAGCAAAGGUAGAGGCAACUCCCCCAGGAAUACCUAACCAUCCUAGCAAUUCUCAUUGCUCAGAUGAUGAAAUCAAGCAAUGUAAAAAUCUUCCUCAUGCAUGUCCCAUGUUCUGUCCUACUGGUUGCAUAACGGAGUGUCGUUCUUGCAAGCCAAUUUGUAUCAAUGGCCCAAUGCCACCAACUUUGUCACCCGUGUCUCCUCCUCCACCCUCACCAACCCCGAAGAAGGCUAAGUGCAAGAACAAGUACUACCAUAAUUGUUAUAAUCUCGAAUUUUCAUGCCCUACAUCUUGUCCUAGUGGUUGUUUGGUUGAUUGUGUCUCUUGCAAACCUGUUUGUAAGUGUGACAUACCUGGAGUAGUUUGCCAAGAUCCUCGUUUCAUCGGUGGCGAUGGAGUUACCUUCUACUUCCAUGGCAAGAAGGACAAAGAUUUCUGCUUAGUUUCAGACCCUAAAUUCCACAUCAAUGCUCAUUUCAUAGGAAGACGAAAUCGGAACAUGAAGAGAGACUUCACUUGGAUACAAUCCAUUGGUAUCCUUUAUGGUUCUCACAAGAUCUCAAUAGGUGCACUAAAAACAUCAACAUGGGAUGAUUACAUUGACCGCCUUUCCCUGCACUUCAACGAUACACCCAUACUUCUUCGUGAUGAGGAAGGAGCAAGGUGGCAAUCUGAUGAAACUGUACCCAUGGCCUCCAUUACUAGAACUAGCAACACAAACGACAUUGUCGUAGAAGUUGAAAAUGUUUUCAAGAUCACUGCUAAGGUUGUACCUAUUACAGAACAAGAAUCUCGAGUUCACAACUAUGGUAUACCAAAAGAUGACUGUUUUGCUCAUCUUGAACUUGGGUUCAAGUUUUUCUCUUUGAGCGACGAAGUAGAUGGUGUUCUAGGACAAACGUAUAAGAAGAAGUAUGUGAGAAAAGUUAAGAUGGGAGUUUUGAUGCCUGUAAUGGGAGGUGACAAAGAGUUUUUAACAUCAGGACUCUUUGAUGCUGAUUGUUAUGUGACUAAGUUUCAAACAAAUGAAGAAGAAUCUGAUAACGAAACUGGUUUUGCUUUGGAGCUGCCAAGCUUGAGGUGCACUACCGGAAUUUAUGGAAGUGGAGUUGUUUGCAAGCGAUAGAAUAUAACUAAUUACUAAUGAAAUUUAUACCCUCAAGAAAUCAUGAUCAACAUAUCGUUGAAAUAAGGAUAGAUACUCAUAGCAAUCUUUGAAUAAUUUGUGAAGUGAUGUAGAGGUGUGUGUGGUGCCAAAAUCUUGUGUUUUGAAGGUAGUGAGGAGAAGAAAGUUAAAAUAAACUCAAACUGUUCAAGGAUUGAGAAUGUUCCAACGUCAAAUGAUCAUAUCUCUCAACUUACAAUAAAUUAAGUUACGAGCAAGAAGAAGAACUCUCUUUUCACAUGGAGUGAUAGUUUAGGUAUGUAAUGGGAAGAUUGAAUAGUUAAGAUAUGUAACUCAAUGUGAUAGUUUAAGUAUGUGUUGAUUUUCAGUGCAUUAUUAACAUUUUAAAA